AUGUCAAACGUACUGCAGGAAGACCACCGACCCGAUAAUCAGAGUUUUUCACAAAGAGCCUUGAAGAAAGAUAUGAUGCUCGACGAGUCCCUAGAGCGAGCAGAACCCACUGGGCCACUCUUGCGCGCGACUGGGAAAAAUGGAAGAUUUACUGGUGCCCGCUUGAGUCACUCGACGAUCAACGGGACUACAGGUGAUACAGGUGACUCAUGUGUUAGUUUAGUAUUUAGUCCUCCCGGUAUUGAUCAACGUCGAGAGCACAUCCUAGAGGAAUGUGAUCGACUGCGCAAUGACAUUCUUCCCGAAUUGGGACUGUAUUUGGAGGACAAGUUGCAUGAAACGGUUGUGGAACUAUGUGGACGGAAAACUCUUCAGGAACGUAAAAAAAAUUUGCCCUUCAAGCUGCUAAACGUGAAGAGCGCUGUAGAAGCUGCAGAGGAAGCGGCGAAAGAAGCACCGAAGCAGAUUUCUCCUCAAGAGAUGUUCCGCCGAGCAAACGGAGUAGCGAAGUGUAGCAAAUGA